UGGCGCGGAGUCCGCCGCCCUGUUCUCGAAAUUGCGUAGCUUCUCCAUUGGCAGCGGGCCCAAUUCGCCGCAGCGCGUCGUCUCCAAUCUGCGCGGCUUCCUCACCCAUCGCCUCAGCAACAUCACACCGAGCGACACAGGUUGUUCACUGGCAUUCCAACAACUCGUACACCUCCAACAACAACAACAACUACACCAAAACAUGUAAAACCACACAGCAACAACAGCAACUGUAACAACAACAAGAAAGGUAGCAGCAAACACCACAGUUAACCACAAGCAACGAUAAACCACCUCAAAGCGAGCAAAGAAAGCCAAGAAGGCAAUUAGCGCAGCGGAAACGGAAACGGAAGCGGCCAUAUUUGUAGCGAGCGCCAAGCCAUUUCCGGCUGUAAUCAUGACGGCACACCAGAUCGGAGCAUAAAAGCUUUAAAGAAGAGUACAAACACGAGACGGGACGAGAGAAAAUCGAGAAGAAAACGGGCGCAGAACUUCGUACACCUCAGCGAUUAAUUUAGGUGCAACCAAAAUGGCCUCAUUCCAGAUACCUGUUAUCAACCUCGAGCUGCGCGAGCUCAAGGACAUCGUGUGGGAGAAGAUCCAGGAGCCGGUGAACCAGCGCCGCCUCAUCCUCGUGAUCGUGUCGAUAGCCCUGCUGCUGGACAACAUGCUCUACAUGGUGAUAGUGCCCAUCAUACCCGACUAUCUGCGCGAGAUCGGCAGCUUUGACGAUGGGCCCACGCCGCCGCCGCUGAGGGAUAAUAUCACCGGACAGAUCAUACCCGUGCACCACGACCACCAUGGCCAGGACUCGGCCACGGGCAUCCUGUUCGCCUCGAAGGCCAUCGUCCAGCUGAUGGUGAAUCCCUUUUCGGGCGGCCUCAUCGACAAGAUCGGCUACGACCUGCCCAUGCUCAUCGGCCUGACCAUCAUGUUCUUCUCCACGGCGGUCUUCGCCUGCGGCAGCAGCUACAGCAUCCUCUUCUUUGCCCGCUCCCUCCAGGGAGCCGGCUCCGCCUUUGCGGACACCGCCGGCCUGGCCAUGAUUGCCGACCGCUUCACCGAGGAGAACGAACGCUCGCAGGCGCUGGGCAUCGCGCUGGCCUUCAUCAGCUUCGGCUGCCUGGUGGCGCCUCCAUUUGGCGGGGCCCUGUAUCAGUUCGCCGGCAAGGAGGUGCCCUUCCUGAUUUUGGCGCUGGUUUGCCUGCUGGACGGCCUGAUGCUGCUGCUCGUGAUGAAGCCGGUCAAGGAGGCGCUGAAGCAGCGCAAGGAGGUACAGGACCAGGUGAUACCCAUCUGGCGCCUGCUGAUGGACCCCUACAUAGCCGUCUGCGCCGGCGCCCUCACCAUGUCCAAUGUGGCGCUGGCCUUCCUCGAGCCCACCAUCUCUCUGUGGAUGGAGGACAACAUGACCACGGACAACUGGAAGAUCGGCAUGGUCUGGCUGCCCGCCUUCUUUCCGCACGUGCUGGGCGUGGUCAUCACCGUGAAGAUGGCUCGCAAGUAUCCGCAGCACCAGUGGCUGAUGGCCGCCACGGGCUUGGCCCUGGAGGGCUUCUCCUGCUUCAUCAUACCCUUCUGCAGCGGCUACAAGAUGCUGAUGCUGCCCAUCUGCGUGAUCUGCUUCGGCAUUGCCCUGAUCGACACCGCCCUGCUGCCCACGCUGGGUUACCUGGUGGACGUGCGCUACGUGUCCGUCUACGGCAGCAUCUACGCCAUCGCGGACAUCUCCUACUCGAUCGCCUAUGCCGUGGGCCCCAUCAUCGCCGGCGGCGUGGUGGAGGCCAUCGGCUUCACGGCCCUCAACUUCUUGAUUGCCUUCUCCAAUUUGGCCUACGUGCCCGUGCUGCGCAAGCUGCGCAACAUCUACGACUUCAAGCCGUUCGAGAACGAGGCCAACAUCCUGAUGCAGGACCCGCCCAACAAGGAGUACCAGACCUACGUCAUGCACGACCAGAAGCCCGUCGAGGGCGGCGUCAAGAACCACCUGGAGUACGGCCAGCAGUACCAGCAGGAGCAGGAGACCAACCUCGAUGACCAGCAGUACGAGUACCAGCAGCAGCAACAGCAGGGCUACCAGCAAUCCGGGGGCUAUCAGCAGGACCAGGGCUAUCAGCCCGGCUACCAGGAGCAGGGCGGCAGCUACGCCCCCCAGGGACAGCCCCGCGUGGCCAAUCCCUUCCAGCAGCAGCAGCAGCAGCAGCCUCAAAGCAGAGGUCCUGCCGGACCCGCGAAUCCCUUUAGGCAAGGAUUUUAAAAUGUUGCCCCAAAGCAGAAAGCAAACACACAACCCUAGUCUUAAACCGUGUUCUCUUGUACAUCCCCGUGUGCAGCAAUUGAACCCACUAUAAACUCGACACAAAACACAUAUACAUCUAUUUAGCAUAGACUUAUAGGCAAGUGGUACGUACACUAUAACGAGCAUAACAAGCAGAUAGUUAAUACAGCAGCUAGUCAAUGCCUUGCACCGCACCAAGUCUUGUAUCAUACACGAAUGUUGAAGCAUCCCACUAAAAGCAGCGAUGGGAAGGGUACGAUUUUGGUUUACCUAGGUGGGCAGCCGAAAAUGAUCCUAGUUGAGGCUAAAGGUAUACAGGAAAAAAUAUUAAAAGGCAAACAAAGGUUUAAAGGUACAUGUUUUUUAAGAAAAUUAUUAAACUAACAAAUUAAAAUUUAUGAUUUGAAGUAAAAUAGUUGGACAUUACAAAAAAACCAUAAGAAUAUUGUAAAAUGUCAUUGCAACAAAAUUGCCGAAAAUAAUAAUCCUAGUUGAGACUAAAGGUAUACAGGAAAAAAAUUGUAAAAGGCAAACGAAGGUUUAAAAGUACAUGCUUUUUUAAGUAAAUUAUUAAACUAACAAAUUUAAAUUUAUGAUUUGAAGUAAAGUACCUGGACAUUACAAAAAAAUCAUAAGAAUAAAAUGUCAUUGCAACAUCAGAUUAUCUUAAUGUCUGUAUAAUUGGAUAGUUGUUUAAAGCCUCCUAAAUUAUUAUUUGUCGUCUAAAGUUGUUUAUGAAAAAGACAGUUCAGAGUUCAAGACAGAGGCAUCAGUUUAGGCAUAAUUCAAACACCCCGGUAAACUAAAAUGUGCCAAUGUCUAAUUCCCAUUGCUGACACAACGUAUAUGUGCAUCAGCAUAUAGCAGCUAUAUAGAGCGGUCCGAUCGGACAGCCUAUGCCCUAUACUCAGUACUCAUGCAGCCGUUUUCGUGUCUAUCAGUCAGUGAAGCUAGAGAAACCAAAGCCUAGACAUAGUUAGUCGAUAAGGGGAGGACGAGAACUCGGACUCCCGCCAUAUCAAAUAUAGACAUGCAUAUAUGUAUCAGAUAUCAGAUAUUAUAUACACGCAUAUAUAUAUGUAUAUAUAUAUAUAUAUCUAUAUACAAGCUAGCUUUAAGCGGCUGAGCUGGCCAGUGGACCACCUUCGCCCGAGUGCCGCCGUUCCACAGGCAGUGGCAUCCAUAUCGCAGACAUAUCACAAGUUGCACAAAUCGAAACCUCCCCCGCCCGCAGAACCAGAGGAACUCUUUCGGGUGUCAUUGUGGCGGACUUGGGUCGAGAGUGGAUUCCCGGCCAGCCUGGCCAUAUGAUUUGAGGUUUAAAACAAUAUUCGGUUCAACUUUUCUUAACAUAAGACACAACCAAGGUAACGAUACAUAUCAGAGUCUCGAUGGCUCGCCUGUUUAAAUUACCAAAAGUGAUAUUACCUAUUGCUACUAGUCUAUACAUAAAUAUAUACCUAUAUCGUAUCAUAUCGGUAACAUACAAAUACACCUACUUUUAGGCAAACGUACAUGAAGUGUACAUAAGUUAUACAACCAACGGAAACAGAAAUCAAUUUGAGAUUCGAAUUCAAGUUUCAUAUUUACCUACCAAUCAAUUAUUAUUUGCUUGUUGACUCUAUGAGCACGUGGGCGACUCCGAUCAGGGGACUGCCGCCAUAGUAGAUCUUCGAUAGCAUAGCAUAAAUGUGUGUACCUUGUCUAUAAGAUAAAGAUAAACCUAAAGGAACAUAUUGAAUAGCGAUUAUUGUAUUUUUGAUUCAUUUCGACUGCACCACUUUUAGGGCAGUUUACUGCCCCUAUAUUAUACACCAUUUAGCUGGAGCCCCAUCUCCACCAUAGCGAUAAGUAAAUUGAUCUUUUAUAUACAACUCAGCAAGCGUAUAUGGAUGUCAGAAUAGUUAUGUACAUUUUUCGAAUGCGUUUAGUCAGCAAUUACAGUUAAUUACGAGUGUAUCACAGACUUUCUAUAUCCGUAAACAUAUCAGUGAAACGGCCAGAAUAAAUAUGAGUAUCUUAUGAAUUACGAAAGCAAUUGGUUAGGUCACAGUCUGCAUAAAUAUACGCUAUACAUUAACAGAAAUGCACUGAUUUUAAAGAAGUUACAAAUUAUUUUCAUAGGAUUUGUUUUAAUUUCAUUCUUUUUGAAUGUAGAAACCCUAGCAAAUCAAGAAUGUUGUCUGUUUUAUUGGGUUGCUUUGGUUUACAAUUUAUUAUAAUUCUCUUUUAUUUUGGUUUUUUUAUUAUCAAAUUGUUUUCCUCGUUUAAUCGACACUUACUUACAGUUAAAAUAUAUACAUAGCUCUACAAAUUUACAAAACUGUAGAAAUACUCUUAACUAUAAUAUGAAUUAAACUCAUGAAAAAAUCUCCCAUCAAAAGUAUCAAUUAAAACGAAGGACAGGUAGAGUUGGAGGAUAAAAAGUUGAAGCAAACUACAUAUUUAUAUAUGAAAAGCAAACGAGAAGGAAACCAGAACAAUUAAUAUAGUCAAAAACGUACAUAUAUAUUAAUAUGUAACAUAUUAUACACAGAAUGUUCAUUUAAGUAGCUAACAAUAGAAUUUUAAUUACAAAUAACCAAACAUAUAUAAAUAUAAUGAAACCCCCAAAAAGCAAUAUUUAUUUAAGUUUCCUUUUAAACAAUCUAUAAAAAACAACAACGCCAAGCCCUUAAGUCGUGUAAUAACCGAAAAUGUCUUAAAAAUUCCCUUCUUAUAUUUUUACAAAUGAACUUGAAUUGGUUCCCUUUCUCAAAAUAAAUAAAUCUUUACAUGGCUUUCUAGGCUGGUUGUAGAUAGAUGUCAACUAAAUACAACAUUACGAUUUCAAGCAUUCAAGAUUUCAAUAGAUUUGAACAGAUCUAACCAAAGUUUGGCAGAGCGCAACAUGUAUAUGAAUCUUCCAAUUUUGGUUUACAGAUAUAAAUAUAUGAAUAUAAAGCCUAGUUAUAACCAUCACAUAAUGUAGUCGAGGGACGGGGUCCCAGAAGGUCAGUAGAGAGUAGCCUGAAGGAUGUGUAGCAGUGCCGGCAAUGUGUAAUAACUUACUAAACAAAUAAGAGCAAAUGGAACGCAUAAACUCAGUGUGUUACAGCAAAACAUAUAAAUAUGAAAAUAUAAGAAAAGAUGUAUGAUAAACUAUAUACAGCAAAACAUAUAAAUAUGAAAAUAUAAGAAAAGAUGUAUGAUAAACUAUAUAAAUAUACAAUUAUAAAAUGAAUUAUAAAACACGAUAGCAGUUAAUUGAAUGGUUAUACUCUGCGUAUUACAAGUGUUGAAUGUUCAAUAGCAUUAUAUGAAUUAUGAAUUAUACGCAAUAACUGUGCGCUAUGGAAAUUUAAUGAACAAAUUAAUUUUUAAUAUCGAAUAUUUACUAAAUGAUAUAGGGAUUUUAACUUGGCAACAAAACCAGUAGCACAGAAAAAAAUUUGAUAUUUUUUCAUAUGAGAAUUGCCUCUCCGACAGUUUCUAUGUGUUGUGCGUGUGAAGAACGUUUUAGAAAAUUUAAUUGUAUACCCUAGACAAAAUAAAAUGAGUUUGUAAGUGAAGCCCACAAAGUUAAUGCCACCACAGUUCAGUUUUGUAUUGUAUAUAAGGCAUAUUGUUAGUUUCAAAUUUCGAAUGUCUUUUUUGGUCAGAGUCAAUGUCAAAGUGGAAGCGUUUCAAGUACAUACUUAUAUAGUACAGAGCUAAAUUAUUAAGAAAGUCUUUGCAUCUUGUUUCGGCUAAUGUUAUAGACGUUUGUGUUACAUAUUUAACAAUAAUUAUUACGAUAAACAGUGAAAAUUAUUAUAACAGAUAAGCAGUAAGAAAAAGCAAAAUCAGAAGCGAAACCAAAAUUUUACCAAGUAUCCAAAUCCCAGUUCUGUAACGUUGCUGUUCGAUUUCCAAGUCUAUCCAUCUAUAUUCUAUACGUAAUUAUGUUUGUAUCUGAAUAUCACACCGUUCAACUAUCCCCAAAAAAAAACCUAACCAAACUAAGUGCUAUGCAUAUCAAAACGAAGCGAAUUGAUGUUCGAUUCUAGCUUGAGCAUAUUUUCAAGGCAAGCCAAAAACUCUCCUUUAUAAUCAAAUGUAAGCAAUAGGGACAAAAAAAAAAACAAGCAGGAACUGCCCCUAAAAACAAGCACCCUUGAAGUUCGGUUCGGUGUGUGGGACUUUUCCAGGAAACUCAUGGCAUAAGUCAGCAAAAUUAAGCGCUAAAACAAACUAUCAGUUUUGCUGGCACUGACAUUUGCUUCUAGUUUGAAAUUUUCUGGAAUUAUUAAAGGCUAACAUACAAAUAGAAAACCCACACACUGGUCUAUGAAUCUAUAGAUGCAUUUGGACUGCAUCGAAAGAGAAUUCAAAAUGGAAGUCGCCUGCUUCUGGCUAUGGGGAAAUGUUAUAAAUAAUGAAUUGAACGAGCAGAAAGUAUAACCGAACGUACAUUAAAGCAUACAGAUAUUGGCAUGAGCUAUAGAGGAAAGAUAAUGCAUUAUUACAGAGCGACACACCCAUAAACACCCGUACACACCCACACAACACACCCAACAGAAACAAACAACACAAAACAAACAUGUACUAUUGAAAUAUAAUUGUUAACCAUGGAAAAA